AUGCCGCUGGGGCUGCGGAGCAAGAAGAGGGGCAAGUCCAAGGAGACCUCCAAGCUGGUGGAGAGCGAAGCGGCGCCGCCGCCGCCGGCCGCGGCGCCGCCGGCAGCGCCGCCGGCGCGGCUGCACUUCCACGCGCAGCUGGCGCACGGCAGCGCCACGGGCCGCGUGGAGGGCUUCGCCAGCGCCCGCCAGCUCUAUGCGCAGAUCGCCGAGGCCUUCCGCAUCCCCCCUGCGCAGAUCAUGUUUUGCACUUUGAACACGCACAAAGUCGAUAUGGACAAGCUCUUAGGAGCACAAAUUGGCCUCGAAGACUUCAUAUUUGCCCAUGUAAAAGGACAACGGAAAGAAGUGGAAGCUCUUAAAAGUGAGGAUGUGCUUGGGCUUACUAUUACAGACAACGGAAUUGGCUGUGCGUUUAUAAAGCGAAUUAAAGAAGGCAGCCUAAUGGACCAAAUCAAAACGGUCUGCGUGGGUGAUCACAUAGAGUCUAUAAAUGGAAAAAAUGUGUCAGAUUAUCGGCAUUACGAAGUUGCCAAAAUGCUAAAAGACCUGGAGAAAGGUCAGAUGUUUAAGCUGGAGUUGAUAGAACCCAUGAAAGCAUUUGAAAUGUUGGAACCAAGGUCACAAGGUAGAUCUCUGCCAGAGGCUAAAAUCUCCAGAGGCAGAGAAACUCUUCGACUGAGAACAAAAGGCCCUGCCACUGUGGAGGAAAUGCCAUCAGAAGCUGAAGAAAAAGCAAUAAAAAAGGUGGAUGAACUUCUUGAAACGUAUAUGGGGAUAAGAGACAUUGAGUUAGCUGCGACAAUGGUAGAAGCUGGAAGAGACAAGAAAAACCCAGAUGAAUUUGCAAUGGCAUUGGAUGAAACUCUUGGAGAUUUUGCUUUUCCAGAUGAGUUUGUCUUCGAUGUAUGGGGAGCAAUAGGUGAUGCUAAGCAAGGGCGACUUGAAUGAAAACUGUUCAUUGUAUCAACCCCUAUCUGAAAAUAGAAAAUGACUUUCAAAUACAUAUAUCAGAAUUUUUUAUUGAUGUGAAUCCAUGACACUCUAUUCUUAUCAGAAACUUUUGUUUUGUGAAGGAAAGUUUCCAGCAGAAAUUUGGAGAUAAGUCCAAAGUUCUGACAUCUACACAUUCAAAAGAAACAAUUUUAUGCAGAAAUCAUUGUGAGGAGUGGGAAAAGGAUACAUAAAUAUAUAUUUAUGAAUUUUAGGUAAUUAGGAAAAUUAGGUAUUUCUAGUUGUACCCAUAGUUUGAUAUCAACAUUCUGAAGGGUGUUAGACAUGCACCAAAGAGUUUGGAUUAUUUUAUCCUUUCUGAAGAAAGGUUUAUAAACUCAAUGAAAUGCUACUCAGCUACGUGCUUCGGUUCCCUCAUCUUCUGUUGUCCUUAUAUUUGCAAGCACACAGCACUGCGGAAGACUUGAAACCUUAGGUUUUCUUGCUCUUUGGCCUCGAAGCAGUCUUUUCUGUAGGGAGUGUUGGGAAGAAGUUACCUUGUUUCUGGAGAAGUUGAAUUCAGGGAACAAUUUCCUCUGAAACAUGAGAGGUAAUGAAUGAUAAAGACUUGCUUUGAAUGAUAAAGACUUGCUUUCAUUCAGGUCGUGAUACGCACUGUCUACGUACUACUAAGAUGGACAGGUAGUAGAAAUGCUUAAAACAGAUAGGAAGCUGCUGCUUUACUUUCAGAUGCCAUAUUAUUGCAAUAGUAAUUGCAUAGGCAGAAACGAAUGUUAAUUUUGAUUAUUAUUCAUAUAAUUGAAUGAUAGCUGUCAUGUGGUGCUGGAAGCCAUAGCACAUGCUUAAGUGAUUUUUGCAUAUGCUAAGUGCUUUGCUGAGAUUGUAUGAAGUUCCUCCAUUCUUUCUUGUGUUUUUCUUAUGUGGCAAUGUAGGAGAGACAUUUUACAAGUGUUCAAAAUUGGAGAUUUUUUAAUGAAAUGUACAAUUAUUUGCAUUUUACACAUUAUUGUAAAAUCUCAAACAAUCAUAGA